AUGGCGUAUGGUGUAGAAGAUGGUAAAAAACUAUCGGACAAAUACAAGAAAGAGGGGCAUUUUGACAAGCUGAAAAGAGACAUACUAUCCAAUACUUGGAACGGCACAGAGGAGGGAAACGAAUCGUUUGAACAGAUGCUUCGAGACAGAGUUGCCAGUGUGGUGAAAGAAAUGGUCAAAGAAGAUGAAGGUUUGAUAUUCAAAAACCGAGGGCUGACCAGUGCGUUGAUAGAAUCACAGUUAGUUAAAGACAACUACUCAAAAUUAAAUAAUAAAAAUGAUGAUGAUGAUAAUGAUGCGAGAAAGUUUGAACUAGACGCAUAUAUACACUCCAAACUGCAAGAUCCUAAACUAUUAGAAAUGAUAAAGAAACAACUUAGUGAAGCAGCAGGCUCGCAGCAAGAGGAAUCAAAUGGACGUACGUAA